AUGGCGUUAAGUUCGACCUUUCCGCUUCCACUACUGUUCCGCUUUGCUGCACCGCCGAGCAUAAUGACGGAAGAGUAUUCGCCAGAUAACCUCAUUUCAAAGAUGGGGAGUCAGUCUCGCCUUGGAUCGCUUGGUAUAACGGAACAAUGUAUUGCUUCUAUCGUCUCCAGAGCUUCCUCAGCCGAUCCCUCGCUGUUCGGUUGGCCUGUAAACGACGGCGGUGGCGGUAGAGGAGCUGGAGACACGCUCAUCCCCGGUGCCGCGUCGAAAACAGCGGAUGUGCGUAGAAAGAAGCAGAGUAAGGAUUCGAAUAUGGAGUUGUGGUUUGAAGAUCUGGCGCAACUAAGCCUUCCGAUAUUCAUAACUGUGAUCGUGUCGAUGAGAUCGGGAGAUCUGAGCCUUGAUGUGAUAGAGAGCUGUUUGAUUUGUUACGCUAAGAAGCAGAUUCCCCGGAUUUUCCGUUCUAACCGGAAACCACCACCGUCAUCCUCAACCGCAGCUUCUGAGAAUUAA